GCGCGGGGCGGGGCUUGGGCGCGGGGCGGGCGACGGCGACCCGCCGUAGGAGAAAGAACAUGGCGGGCGCAGCGGGUCCCGGGGCCGGCCUGGGGGCAGCGGGCGGCGAUGGAGACGACUCGCUGUACCCCAUCGCGGUUUUAAUCGACGAGCUCCGCAAUGAAGACGUGCAGCUCCGUCUCAAUAGUAUUAAGAAGUUAUCAACAAUUGCUCUAGCACUGGGAGUAGAAAGGACCCGAACUGAACUGCUGCCAUUCCUUACAGAUACGAUUUAUGAUGAAGAUGAAGUGCUAUUAGCUCUCGCUGAGCAGCUGGGGAACUUCACGGGCCUGGUGGGAGGUCCUGACUUUGCCCACUGUCUGCUGCCUCCUUUGGAAAGUCUAGCCACUGUGGAGGAGACCGUGGUUCGAGACAAGGCUGUGGAGUCCCUGCGGCAGAUCUCCCAGGAGCACACGCCCGUUGCUCUGGAAGCCCAUUUUGUGCCUCUGGUGAAACGCCUUGCAAGUGGGGACUGGUUCACUUCUCGCACUUCUGCCUGCGGCUUGUUCAGCGUUUGCUAUCCCAGAGCUUCAAAUGCGGUCAGGGCAGAAAUCAGACAGCACUUCCACUCCUUGUGCUCAGAUGACACACCAAUGGUACGGCGUGCUGCGGCUUCCAAAUUGGGUGAAUUUGCAAAAGUUCUGGAAUUAGACAGUGUAAAAUCCGAGAUUGUUCCAUUGUUCACUAAUCUAGCUUCAGAUGAACAGGAUUCAGUGCGUCUCCUGGCUGUGGAAGCCUGCGUGAGUAUUGCCCAGCUGCUCCCUCAAGAUGACCUCGAGGCCUUGGUCAUGCCUACGCUUCGGCAAGCAGCAGAAGAUAAAUCUUGGCGAGUUCGCUAUAUGGUAGCUGACAAAUUUUCAGAGCUCCAGAAAGCUGUGGGUCCUAAAAUCACCCUAAAUGACCUCAUCCCAGCUUUUCAGAACUUACUUAAAGACUGUGAGGCUGAAGUCCGAGCAGCUGCUGCCCAUAAAGUGAAAGAACUUUGUGAGAACUUGCCCAAUGAAGGUAGAGAGACCAUAAUAAUGAAUCAAAUUCUACCCUAUAUAAAGGAGUUAGUAUCUGAUACCAAUCAACAUGUCAAAUCAGCUCUAGCUUCAGUAAUUAUGGGAUUGUCUACUAUUUUGGGUAAAGAGAAUACCAUUGAACAUCUUCUACCUCUUUUUUUAGCUCAGCUAAAGGAUGAGUGUCCUGAGGUGCGUCUGAAUAUCAUCUCUAAUUUGGAUUGUGUCAAUGAAGUGAUCGGGAUCCGCCAGCUCUCUCAGUCUCUCCUUCCUGCCAUCGUGGAGCUGGCUGAAGAUGCCAAGUGGAGGGUCCGGCUGGCCAUCAUUGAGUACAUGCCGCUGCUGGCGGGCCAGCUGGGUGUGGAAUUUUUUGAUGAAAAGCUGAAUUCUUUAUGUAUGGCCUGGCUUGUGGAUCAUGUGUAUGCCAUCCGGGAAGCAGCCACCAAUAACCUCAUGAAAUUAGUUCAGAAGUUUGGUACAGAAUGGGCCCAAAAUACCAUCGUUCCUAAAGUGUUAGUAAUGGCAAAUGACCCCAAUUACUUGCAUAGGAUGACCACUCUGUUCUGCAUUAAUGCACUGUCAGAAGCCUGUGGCCAGGAAAUAACUACCAAGCAAAUGCUGCCCAUUGUAUUAAAAAUGGCAGGAGACCAAGUAGCAAAUGUUCGUUUCAACGUGGCCAAAUCACUCCAGAAGAUUGGACCAAUUCUAGAUACCGAUGCUUUGCAGGGGGAAGUGAGGCCGGUGCUGCAGAAGCUCGGGCAGGAUGAAGACAUGGAUGUCAAGUACUUCGCCCAGGAAGCUAUAAGCGUUCUUGCCUUGGCAUAAUGAGGAACAGGAGGGAAAAGCCUUUACUAAAUAAUUAUCACAGAUAAUGUGUUCUUAACCUGGGAGGAGAAAAAAAUGGAAAAGCUUCAAGAUCUCUUCCAAGCAAAUGGCAACAACAUAGAAGAAAUCAAAUUUCAGUGACUUCUUUCUAAAGAUGAAAUGAGAUUGCUUUUUACUCAUCUCUGUUGGGAUAAUUAUUUAAGGAUUUCCUACUGACUGAUACUUCCUAAUUCCUGGUAGUACAGGCAUCUCAUGAUUGUCUCCUCAUGAUUUUUCCCGCAUCUGUUCUACUCCUGCCUCCUUGCUUCUGAAUCAGGUCCCAGCCGCUGAACAUGCAGAGCAGUCUGGAUGGGCUUGGCCCCGUGGAGUGGAGUGGAGUGAUUCUCCUACUGUUUACAUAUGUCUGUGAGCUCUCCAUCAUUCCAAAGUUCAAUGUAAGUGGUUUGGAAGAAUUUACUUUCUAAAUUCUCUAUGGGGAGAUACAUGGAGAUGUCACCGUAAUGAAAACCACAUUUUCCUGGGUUCUGAUGGGCUCCCGUGUCUCCCGGGAAAGGAGAAUGUGGAAACUCAGGGUUAACAUUUUGGUUGCUCUGCUUUUUAUCUGCUUGAUUUUGUCUGUAAUCAUGACAUUGAGAAACUUGAAGUGUUGGAUGUAUCUUGCUGCUAAUGUGUGAUGCUGAGACCUAACAAUUUCGAUGGCUUGCCAUUGUGACUGCCUUCAGUUCUCUCUUCUGAGAAACUUCCACCACGGUGCCUCCUCCUGGGCGGGAGUUGUGCUGUCUCCUGGCAGGAAGGACUGCAGUUUCGCCUUUGGGAUGAGCUGGAGCCACGCCCCCGCCCCCACCCCCGCGGGGUGUCCCAUGCUGCCUGGCUCUGCCCCUGCGCCCCAAACAUCUCACUCUAGCUUGUGCGGAAGCCCUCAGCUCAGGUUGCGUUGCUGUUUUUUUGGCAUGGGUGGUGCUGGGAUCUUAUUUGAAGUGUUUACUUUUCUACUUUUACAGUAAAACCUCAUUCAUUCCUCCUGGAAUUUAAGGUAGUAAGUUGGGCUGAAGGAUUCGUUGAAGCACAUUAGUAGCCUGAAGAAGCGUGUUUACACACUUAACCAGUUGUGAAGCUCCCACCCACUCUGCAGUUACGUCGCUCCUUCCCUGAGGAUCUCUUACGAGCUCCCAUCCUUUUUUUUUUUUCCUGAAUUCAGUGUACUUUUAAUCCUUGAAAUAUAGGCAUUUAUAUUUCAUGAGCGUUCAAAUGUUUUUCUUGCAAACAAAUGCAUGUUUUUCACCUAAUCAGACUGUGUGUGGCUAACGGAUUCUAGUUAAUGAGGUCUUACUGUAGCAUAUAGUUUUCGCUCAGUGCUUCCUGUUUUGUAGUUGGGUGUUACUGUUUUGGUUUUGGAAUUCAUUUCAUUUACCGCCUCUUUUAAAUCGGCCAAGCUCUGUUUUGUUUUGUGAAGGUCCAAAGACACCUAUACAACUUAUUAAACAAUUAUACAAACUGAA